UGACCCUGUCAGUUAUCUCUUAUCGCGUAGGUAACUGUUCUACUGAUAAUAAUUCUAAACAAAUUUUGAAAAGACCAACUAAAGAUCUAAAACAUCCAAAAUGCCGCGAACAACAAGAAGGUCGCUUAAAACUUUGCAGCAUACUUCUUCGGAUCGAGAAAACUUGGUGGGUAGACCAUCGAAAGGAUUAAAACAUCAACUGAGCCAAGAGUCACUAAGUGAUGUUGAGGUUAAAAGGAAGAACAUAUCAACCAAAGAGGUGCAAGUCAAUUUUGACAAUAAAAUAACAGUAGAUGAUCUCACUAACCCUGAAGGUGCUUCGGAGAAGUACUGGCAACUACUGGCUGAGAAGCGUCAGGAAGCUCUACAAGAGUCUUUGGAUGAAAAUGAAAAGCUGCGUAAAAUAAUAGAAGACUUGAAGGAGGAAAACGCACAAUACAAGCAGAUGUUGGAUGAAGCCAAUAGCUUCGUGGAAGUCAUCAAGGAGGAACUUGCUAAUAACAGCAACAAUGAUACUGGUAUUGACGUGAACGAUAUCAGCACUGCUGAUGAAACUACUGAGGAAGGCCAAGAUCUUGAAGAAGACGCCAAGACUGAAUAAUCUUUUAAACCAAACAUAAUAUAUCACACAUUCAUUAGAGUUAAUAUAUUUUAAGUUUUUUAAGUUUAUAUUUCUUAACUAAACUCUGUACCUGUUGCUUUUGAAUAGUUUUCUUCUUGAUUCUAGCAAAUUACUUGAUCAUGGUGUAAUCUGCUGUAGUAAAAUAUUAACGUAGGUGUUGUAGCUACUUCAUAUUUGUGGUUACUAUGCAAUGUAUUAUCACCAAGUACCUUUUUCUUUCAUGAUACUUGGUCGUCUUUUAAGAUACAAUGUAUUACUCAAAACUAGAAAGUUUAGUAGAAUAAAUAGGGCAUUUAACUUUGAAUGCUUCACUAAUGUAACCAAGUGACACUAUUUGUGUAGUUUUCAUGAUUGACCUUAACAAUCAAGUGUUUAAAAUUCUCGAAAUAAAGUAGUAAAACAA